GUCGACACUGCACAAGCUAGUGCAUUUGGACGAAUUAUACCAACAUCAAGAACAACAAACGCAAGUACUAACUGAGCCAUGGGCACGUUCCUCGGGCACUUGGUCCCGGGCCUGGCCUUCGCGAUCCUGGGAAUAUGGCAUACGCUCAACACCAUCAAGUCCUACAAGCUCAAGGGCGCCUCGGGCUUCCGCUCAUCCACAUGGUUCCCCUUCCCGUCGCCGAUGCCGGCGUUGAAGCACCUGGAGCUCUACCUCCUGCUGGCCUUCUCCGCGCUCGCCAUCGCCGACCAGCUGGUCGCCGGCCUGUUCCUUAAUUACCCCGCGCCGCAGAUCUCCCUCCAGCCGGACGCGCUCGAGCACUCCACCAUGUACAUCCACCUGGCCGUCUACGCUUCCGCCGCGCUCGCCGCGGACGUCUUCGUCUCCCCGCACGGCGACUUGGUGGCCGCGCUUGCGGCGUCCGUGUUCGGGCAGGAGCUGUUCCUGCUGCGGCUGCACUCGGCUGAUCACUCCGGGCUCGAGGGGCAUUACCACUGGCUCCUGCAGCUCGUGGUCACCGCGUCGCUCGUCGUGUCCUGCGCGUCCGUGGUGUUGCCCAGGAGCUUCGCGGUGGCCGUGGUGCGGGCAGCGUCGGUGCUGCUCCAGGGGGUCUGGUUCGUGGUGAUGGGCUUCGUGCUGUGGUUCCCGGCCUUCGUGCCGGCCGGGUGCCGUGGCAUGGAGACUGUGGAGGAUGAGGGGAGCAUGGCCAUGGCCAUGCGCAGCGCGGUGGCGUGCGACACGGAGGAGGCGGCGAGGAGGGCGGCGGCCAUGGCGAACCUGCAGUUCAGCUGGGCGCUCGCGGCCGUGUGGGUCGUCACGGCGUGCCUGUGUUUCAGGGUGGACUGCCGGUCCAUGGAGUACGUGCAGAUCCAGACGCCGAGAGCCGACGGCCGUGCGCAGCUCGCCGGUUCUGACGGGGAAUCGCCGCAGAAGCGCGUGUUCCCUGUCCUGGAGGACGUGUAGAAAAUAUAUGGUGAGAUGGCUUCAAUCAAUCAACUGGGCCGAGAUUUAGUUGGGCCUCCAGAUUCAGUGUCGCUUCAUGCUGACGCUGUGUUGCUUGGGCUUUGUCGUUUGCGUCCGAAUAAAACGAAGGCAACGCCAUCGUUUUUUUUUUUA